AUGGUAUGGAUCAUUACAGGAUGUGUCUGCCCUGCCUUCUACGCUGUGAAUUUCACAAAUGACAACUACUCGAUGCAAUGGUGGAAUAAUACAGUUGAUGAAGUUGCAAAAGGAUACGAUGAGAAUCAUGUUGUUGCAGGAAAGCCAUUCCGUCCAGCUUCCCAACAGCUCGAUUGCUCUGUGUUUCUAACAUGCAGCAUUCAAGUGGCACCGGGAUUCGAAAAAGUGGCUGUUGGCUUAUAUAUCGGCACUACAAAAAACAAAGUUCACAACAUUACCCGUAUUGCUGGUAAAGACGAGAUGUUUCGUCUCGAAUGCGGAAUGAAUGGGAACUAUUAUUAUAACGGUUCUCUUGUGCAAGUUGGUGCCUGCAUUUCGGUUAGCUCUAUAAAUAAUCCAUAA